GACACAGCAGAAAAGAGGUUCAUUUUGAGUCAAGUAAAAACAGCAAUGUUUGUUAUAAAACUGAAAUUUAAGUGAAUAACUGCUUUAUAUUUUCAAUGUGUAACAUGAAAAAUUGGUAUAAAAAUCAAUUCACGAAACAGUAAUACAAUAAAAAUAAAUUUGAAGUUCUCCCUAAAAUAGAAGCGGCCUUUAUUAUGGAAAUCUAGUCUUGCGUUAGUGGUUGAUCUAGAAGGUUAGCAUAAGUAAUUAGCAGAUCGAUUUGAUCCAGUUUACAUAAAGACAUUACAUAAACGAGGAAUAAUAAAUUGCUUACUAUCAACCCUCGUUUCUUUGCAGUCAUAAGUGUUGUGGAUGCAGGAGAGAAAAUAGAUAAAUUUCGUAAAAUAUUUUGUUCGCUAUUAUGAUCUGUUAUCUAGAUAAAUCAAAUUGUAUCAAUGCAAACUUACAGGAUGUACAAAGUUUGUAAAUGAGAUAUGCUCUAAUACUGAGUGAACCAUGUCAUUUUCAAAGGGCGAUAAGUCGAAGGAACUGAAGAUACCCUGUAUGAAGAUGGGGUAAAUAUAUUGCAAAAUUACGAUAUAUGUAUGCUUAAGGGGGUGAUGAUUCACUGAGACCUGAAAAAUGUGUAAUUUCCCCUUCUCUGCACCUUUAUUAAUAUAAAUAAAUUGAAGGACUUUCUCUCUUUUCAGUUUAGGAAAAUGGUAUGGUAUAAGACUGAAAUGAAUAGUUUUUUCUUCCCUAGUACAUGUAACUGUAUAUGGUCUAUAAGUAAAUUGUAGCUGUUGGAAGCCCCUACAAUUUUUACUGGCAAUAUUUUUCUAUAUAAAGUAUUGUUUAGAUGUGAACCAUGGUUAAACAUCAAAAACCAAAAUUUUCUUGUCUUCUUUUAUAUGAGACUACUAGUACUACCUUGAGUGGUUUUUUCACUAAAAUUGAGAAGAUUCUUUUCAUUUAACGCGCCCCUUCUAAGUGCCCUAAGCAUAUAUGUUAUUACUGGUACCACCAUGAUUACUUUUUCAAAAAAAUCGGCGUUUUUCUUCAUUUAACGUGCCCCUAAUAGGUACCAUGAGCAUAUAGUACUGCUAGUACUACCUUCAUAAUACAGGGUGCGGCAGCAUAACUUCCUUUUUUAAAAAGUUCGCCAUUUAGUCGGUAGAUGUCGUAACGGAGUGCUAGUGGUCUCGUUCGAGAGGGGGGACUAUAAAGUUUUGUCCCGGCACAGUUCAGUCGCCAUCAUGCGUUGGAACAGUGAGGAGCGUGCGUUUGCCGUUGAGGUUUACUUUUCGAGCGGAUGUUCUGUGAUCGCAACCCAGCGCGCCUUUCGGAAUCGCUUUAAUUUAGCCCCCUUGGCCCCUGUCCCGGACCGGAAAUCAAUUGUUACGUGGGUCACUACGUUCAGACAAACUGCAAGUGUGACAAGACGAAGAACUGGAGUCCCUCGGCCCAUUAGAUCACCGGAGAACAUUGAGUUAGUUAGAACUUCAGUGUUGCGAUCACCACGGCGUUCUGCGCGCAAACAUGCGUCUGCCCUUGGACUUUCCGAUCGUUCUGUGAGGAGAAUACUUCAUGAUGAUCUUCAUUUUCAUCCAUACAAGAUGGCAAUUGUGCAGGAACUUUCUGAACGUGACUUCAAUUCUCGGAGGAACGCGUGUGAGGUUUUUCUGGAAGUCGUUCCUGAGGACGCUAUUGUUUUUUUUAGUGAUGAAGCCCAUUUUCAUUUGUGUGGAUCCGUAAACAAACAAAACAUGCGCUACUGGGCUGAUACCAAUCCUCGACAAUUGCAUCAACGGCCUUUGCAUUCACCUAAAGUCACAGUGUGGUGUGCAAUUUACUCACGUGGAAUUAUUGGUCCCUGGUUCUUUGAGGAAAAUGAAGUCACAGUGACAGUGAAUUCGCACCGGUAUGUAAACAUGUUACAGGAAUUUUUUUUCCCACGGCUAGAUGAGUUGGACUUAGGGGACACUUGGUUCCAACAAGACGGAGCAACGGCACACACUUCAAGAACAUCGAUGGCUGUUUUGAGGGAACACUUCCCAGAGCGCCUUAUCUCAAUUAGGGGCGAUUUGGAGUGGCCAGCCCGCUCUCCCGAUUUGACCCCUUGUGAUUAUUUCCUAUGGGGUUUUUUGAAAUCCCGUGUGUAUGUGAACCGUCCAAGGACCCUACAAGAUUUGAAGACGAACAUCCAGGAAGAAAUUGCCAACAUAACGCCUGCUAUGCUGGCAAGAGUCAUGACAAACGCCAGAAAUCGGUUUACUCAGUGUAUGGAGAAUGGGGGACGUCACCUAACUGAUUUGAUCUUCAAAACUCAGUAAAACAGAACUUUAUGUAUGUGCCUGUAUUAUAAAAAACGAAUAAAAAUUUUCUGAUUCAUACAAUAAGUUUUAUUAACUUUUGAAAAAAGGAAGUUAUGCUGCCGCACCCUGUAUUUUGCGCCAAAAGCGAAGUUUUUCUUUUUUAACGUGACGCUGGUGGGAAUCACUGGCAUACAUGGUAAUGCUAGUACUACCCUAAUGAUUUUUUUACCAAAAUCGACGUUUUUUCUAAUUUAACAUGCCUCUGGUAAGUACCAUGAGUACAUAUGGUACUUUCAGUACCAUCCUAAGUACCAUUCGGUACCAUACCUAAGUUUUCUCACCAAAAUUGACGUUUAUUCUCAUUUAACUUGCUUCUGUUGUGUACUAUAAGUAUUUGUGGUACUACCAAUACCACCCUGAUGAGUUUUUUUGGCAUUUAACAUGCUCCUGCUGAUUACCUUGACUAUGUAUGGUACUACUAUUACCGCCCUGAUGAGUUUUCACAACAAUCGACGUUUUUUAUAAUUUAACGUGUCCCUGCUAAGUACCAUGAGCAUGUACGAUACUACUACUACUACACUAAUGAGCUAUCUCAUCAAAAUCGACGUUUUUUCUCAUUUAAUGUGGUCUUGCUGUGUACUAUGAGUAUUUGUGGUAUUUCCAGUACCACCCUGAUGAGUAUUUUCACCAAAAUCGACAUUUUUUUCUCAGUUAACAUGCUCCUGCUGCUUACCAUGAGCUUUUUCACAAAAUAAACGUUAUUUUAUAAUUUAACGUGCUCUUGCUAGGACCAUGAGCAUGUAUUAUACUACGAGUAACAACCUGACAAACUUUCUCAUCAAAAUUGACGUUUUUUCUCGUUUAACGUGCUCCUGCUGUC